CGUCACGUCACUUAUUGUAGGAAAGGACUCAGAUUGUAGUUUUCGUUCCUUGGGCGAUAUUAUUCGGUACACAUAAUUUAAGAGACAGUUUUCACAGAAAACAUGAGUGAAAAAUCAAGUAAUCCCUAUGAUAUGGAUAGUGCCAGCUUUGAUCCAGAUCGCUAUUUACAGAAACUCUUGAAGGAAUGUUCAUUAAAGCAAAUUAUGGACACAGAAGCGGCAAUCGUUCGUCAAACGCAGACACUACAUAGUGACAUGCAAACGUUGGUGUACGAGAACUACAAUAAGUUUAUAUCAGCUACUGAUACAAUCCGUAAAAUGAAAACCGACUUCAAGAGCAUGGAAACCGAAAUGAAUCUGCUUGUUUCUAAUAUGUCAUCGAUUACGGAACGUAGUGAAAAGAUAACCGAUACAUUACAGGAAACAAGAAGCCAACUGACCAGACUUUCCGGGAAACAUCAAUUGUUGAAAAAACUACAGUUUUUGUCGUCUCUUCCGGCCAAACUCAAGACAUUAAUCGAGGACGGCAACUACCAGCAGGCUGUUCAAGAAUACACCCACGCGCAAAAAGUUCUUCAGCAGUACGGUAAACAACCGUCGUUCCAGGGAAUUCAGGAAGAUUGUGUUAAGAUUUUAGAGGAUCUGAAGAAAGUCCUCAAGCAGGAAUUUCAGAAAACUGGUAAAACAGCACAGUCACUUACACAAAUUGGGGAAUUGCUACUGCAACUGGAUGAAAGUCCAUCUGCAUUGGCGAAGGAGAUGCUUGAAUGUGCCACAAAGCGACUGCAUGAACAGAUCGUGAUGCUACAGGAUCAAACCGAUCGGGAUAUGAUCGAGUUUAUUGAUCUGGGAAUAGAAGGAUUUCUGAACGAUUUGACAUUGGUGAUCAGCUCGUACAACGAUAUGUUUUUAUCGAAGCAUAUUGAACAGGAAUCAGACGAUUUUGAUGAGAUUGCUCGAAUUGAUUUAAACAACUUUGUGAGCAAAAAUAUCAAUGAAUACCUGGCACUAGUGCAGGAUCGUGCCGAGGUGGAAAUAGGCCACGGAGAUUCACAGAUUAUUUUAAGAGGCUUGGAUCGUCUUCAUCGCCGUUUGACGGCUAUGAAAUCACUUUGUCGAGCGGUUGAUAUGGACAAAUCUGGAAUUGACAUAAUAACAAAUGCGGCAUAUCAACUUUGUCAAUCGCACAAAAAAUCUCUGAAGGAUCACUUCUCAGACAAUUUGAGCUCGAUUCGAUUGGCAUUGGUUUCGGUUAAGCCGGAAACAUCUUCUACGACAUCAUCAUCACAAUCUGGGCUGAAGGAAUUGAUCUCUAAUUUGUAUGUCUCGACGAUAGAAAAGGUAAAAGGACUGCUGCAAGAUCUGCUGAUAUUUCUUCAACCGGAAUGGUCAUUUAAUUUGAAAGCGGAUCCCAAAGGAGCAGCAUGUGUCGAAAGUAUACGGGAAGGUUUACUGGUAGGCUUUUUGCGGCAUAUCUCGAGCACCAUGAAUGGCUUUGGUAACAUUAAUUCGAACAGUCCUCCGACUUUGCUGUUGAUUUUGUCCAAAAUGUGUUUGGAAAUGGACAAGCAUGGUGUGCAUGUUCUGAUUUCGCUGGUAGACGAGUUGUACGAUAUUGAUUCGGAAAACAGUGCAACUCUGGUUCACGAAUCGGAACUCUGUUCGGAGAUGCGUGAUUCCGCUCAGCUGCUGCUGGAUUCGUACGUUCGGCUGCAAGGUUUGAAUCUAUCACAAAUGCUUCGCAAAAGCGUCGAAACUCGCGAUUGGCUCAACUGUCUUGAACCUCGUUCGGUACGAGCCGUCAUGAAGCGUGUUGUGGAGGAACUGUCUCUCAUUGAUGCCGUACUUGGGGAACUUUACGACAGCAAUGAUAUGCGAACGGCAGCUAGUAGCGACUCAAGUCGGAAAACACACUUCAGUUUGACCGCCUCCAAGCAACCUCAGUACCGGUCGACGUGGUCCACCUACACACCGUCGCAGAUGGAUAGUACUUUCGUGUCAAACAUUCAUCGGUUGUUUUCCGAAAAAAUCGAAAUAUUCAGUUCGGUUGAAUUUUCCAAAGUGUCCAUUAUGACCGGAAUAAUUAAAAUAUGUUUGAAGACGCUUCUGGAAUGCGUUCGACUGAGAACAUUCAGCAAGUAUGGGCUACAGCAAAUACAGGUUGAUGCUCACUUUCUUCAGAUGAAUCUUUGGCGGUUUGUUACGGAUGAAAAUCUGAUUCAUGUAUUGCUGGAUGAAAUUCUUGGUUCAGCUGUACUGAGAUGUUUGGAGCCAAUACUGAUGGAACCUAAUGCUGUGGAAAUUAUUUGCGAGCGCAAUUAAAUGGCAAGAUUUGAAGUAAUUAAGUAUUAACUUUGGUUUAUAAUUAUUGUAUAUAAAAUAUAAAAGA